CACUCUGUGUUUAUUUUCUCACUCCCUCGUGUCGAAACGGAGGCGAAAGCGAAGGAGGGUGGGGGAGACGGGGCGGGCGAGCGAGGAAGGAGAGAAAGUGGGACGGGAGAAAACCGUAAUGGACGAAGAGGAAGGAAAAGACCUCUUCUGAGAAGAAGAGGGAGGAAUGUAGGAUGGGAGGAUGAUUGCAGAGUGACAGACAGGAGGAGUGUGGCUGCAGCAGCAAAAUGGAUCAGCUGUCGGACGAGGAGGUGGAGGUCAAGGGGGAAGAGGAGGAGGAGGAGGAAGAGGAGGACAGCGAUAAGGAGGACCAGGACCUGGAUAAGAUGUUUGGCGCCUGGCUGGGAGAGUUGGACAAACUCACGCAGGUACACAAAAGUCUGGAUGAAAGUCGCCCGGAGGAACCGCCUCGGCAGAAAGCUCCCCUCAGGCAGGACACCAACAUGGCCAACUUCUCCUACAGGUUCUCCAUCUACAACAUCAACGAGGCGCUGAACCAGGGCGAGAACGUGGACCUGGACGCUCUGAUGGCGGACCUCUGCUCCAUCGAACAGGAGCUCGGCACCGCCAACGCCAAGCCCAACAGCGCCGGCGGCAUGGCUCGCCUGGGCCUGAGCGACGCCAAGGUGCGUCAGAAGCCUCCAGCCGGGCGCAGUGGCCGGCAGCAGCCAGCAGGAGGCGUUGGUGGAGGUGGCGGCGGCUCCGGCGGCGGCGGUAACAGUGUUAGCGGCGGGGGGGGCAGCAGCGGGGCGAGCAGCAGCAGCAGCAGCGCCAGAGCGUCCCCCGCUGGCACCAUCAGAGCCCCCGCCGGGCCUCAUGGGAGAGCCGCGCUGGCCUCCAACUUCAGUCUCGAUGACAUCACCGCCCAGCUGGAGAAGGCGUCUCUGAGUAUGGAUGAAGCUGCUCGCCAGACCUCCUCACACUCCCUCACCUCCGCCUCCUCCUAUUCGUCCGCCACCGUGCGGCGUUCCGGCUCGUCGCAGCGACACCACCGACGCACCGGAUCCGUCGGCACGGUCAGCGAGCACGAGGCGCGUUCAAUCGUUCACUCCUCCCGCUCCUCCGUCACCUCGGCGUCCGGCGCCUCCGUUAACUCCGCCUCCUCCAUGGACUCGUUGGACAGCGUCCUUUGCUCCGAUGAACCGGAGGGUCAGCAGCACGCGGGUCCGCCCUCGGCUUCAGGAGCCGGUCCGGGUCACCCCCACAUGGAGCACUCCUAUCUGGACAGGGAAACCUCUCUGAUUCUGAGAAACAUAGCGGGGAAACCCUCCCACCUGCUGACCAAGGAGGAACAGGCUGCCAAGCUGAAGGCCGACAAUAUCCGGGUCGCCCUGGAGAAGAUCAAGGAGGCCCAGGUCAAAAAGCUCGUGAUCCGCGUCCAUCUCUCCGACGAGAGCUCAAAGACGAUGAUGGUGGACGAGAGACAGACAGUGAGACAGGUUUUGGACAGUUUGCUGGAGAAAUCCCACUGUGGUUACAGUCCGGACUGGUCACUGGUGGAAACCAUCAACGAGCUGCAGAUGGAGCGGAUCUUCGAGGACCACGAGAACCUGGUGGAGAACCUGCAGAACUGGACCAGAGACAGCCAGAACCGCCUGAUGUUCACCGAGCGCGUCGAGAAGUACGCUCUGUUCAAGAACCCCCAGAACUAUUUGCUGGGGCGGAAGGAGACGUGUGAGAUGGCUGAGAGAAACAAAGAGGCUCUGCUCGAGGAGUGUUUCGGCGGCAGCUCCGUGUCCGUCCCUGAGAUGGAGGGGGUGUUGUGGCUGAAGGAGGACGGCAAGAAGUCGUGGAAGAAGCGUUACUUCCUGCUGAGGGCGUCUGGCAUCUACUACGUGCCCAAGGGAAAGGCCAAGGCCUCCAGAGACCUGGUGUGUUUCCUCCAGCUGGACCACGUGAACGUUUACCACGGACAGGACUACAAGAGCAAGUACAAGGCUCCUACCGACUACUGCAUGGUGCUGAAGCAUCCUCAGAUCCAGAAGAAGUCUCAGUACAUCAAGUACCUCUGCUGUGACGAUGUCAGGACCCUCCAGCAGUGGAUCAACAGUAUUCGAAUCGCCAAGUACGGGAAGCAGCUGUACAUCAACUUCCAGGAGGCCAUGAGGAGGACGGAGGCGGCCUACGAUUGGUCCUCCCUCUCUUCCUCCUCCAUCAAGUCAGGAUCCAGCUCCAGCCUUCCAGAGUCGCAGUCCAACCACUCCAGCCAAUCGGACAGCGGCGUGUCGGAGAUGACGUCGUCGGGCCACACCCGCUCCCAGAGCGCCGUCAGCUCCAUCUUCUCCGACGCCUGGAGGAGAGGAACGCAGGGGGAGAUGAUGAGGAUGGACCCCAUCAGUAGGCCCAUCCCCGUCCAGAUCCUCUCCCCCCAGCCCCCGAGCUCCCGGACCAGCUACACCGACGGCCUCCUCCCCUCCGACGACUCCUCCCCGUCUCCGCCCUCUCCGCCGCUGCCGCCUCCGCCCAUGGCCAACGUGUCCCACCAGCCGGGCGCCACUCCCUCCUACAUCAAGUACAGCACGCUGGCCCGCCUGCAGAGCCAGAACCAGGCCAGGACGGGGCCGGCCGGUCCCGCCGGUCCCGCCCCCCCCACCCAGUCCGCCAAAUCCAACUACAACACCCUCCCGGCCGCUUACAGCACCUCCCCGCCUCCGUCUCCCCCGCCGCCCCCUCCCCCCGUGACGGCGGCCCCCGGCUCGGCCGCGGCGGCGCUGAAGUUCGGGCCGCCCAGCCCCUCCGCUCUCCCGCCCCCCCCGCUGGAGGAGGAGGCGGCGGCGCAGGAGCACGCCUACCUCCCGCCCCCUCCGCCGGAGAGCCCGGAGUUCAACGGGCUCCCUCCGCCUCCCCCCCCGGAGCCCAGCCACGACCCCCGCGACCACUUCUCCAACAGCGGUCUGCAGCACUUCCUGUCGCAGAAGUUUCCCAACAUGCAGUACGACUUCACCCCGGAGACGUGCGAGGACGUUUCUCCUCCCCCGCCCCCGGCCGAGCUCUCGCCCCCCGCCACCCUGCAGGUGCUCCGGCCUCUGUCCCCCAACGCGCCCCCUCCCGCGCCUCCCAAAACCUUCACCGGUGGUUUCCCCCCUCAAACCGCUCGCAAGCCCUCGGGUCCUUCUUCCCUCCCGAUGGCGCUCUCCCCCCUCUCCCCCUCGCAGCCCUUCGGGGGCCACGGGACGGUUAAGAAGCAGCAGAGUUUCUCCACGGGACAUUCCCCCAAUCAGCCCCCCCCCACCCUGCCCAAGCAGCACAGCCUCUCCUCCAAGAACCUCUCCAUCUCCCCCUCCGUCUCCUCCUCCGUCUCCAUAGCGGCCGCCACCUCCUCCUUGGUCAAGCAGAUCGUCAAUCAGUUCCCCGGGAACUCCGCCCCUUCCUCUCUGCCCGCCUCCAACUCCAUGGAAGGGUCGAAGUUCACCGCUCCUCAGUCCCCGCCGGCGGUCAAGGCCAAGCCCAAGUGGCAGCCGGGGGGGGGCGCCGCGGCUCCGCCGUCCCCCGAGUUCCCCCCGCCUCCUUGUGACAGCGCCAUGGCGGAGUUCCCUCCGGCCGCGGCGGCGCCCGGCAGGCGGGGGGGGCCGCCGCCGGCCCCGCAGAGGGCCUCGUCCAUCCGGUGCGGCCUGCCGGGCGACGCCCAGGAGGAGCGGCCCAAGAAGGUGGAGAGCCUGCUCAGCAAAUUUGGCCAGAGCCCCCAGGUGGCGGCGGCGGCGGCGGUGGGGGGGGGCUCGUCGGGCUCGUCGUCGGCGACCGGCUCGCCCUCCAAGGACGCCUCGGCGCUCCCCGCCCCGCUCCCCAAGCCGGGGAAGCUGAACCUGGCCAACCUCCCGCUGGCGCUGCAGGGGCUGCAGGCGGGCCCCCCCCACCAGCCCUCCGAGUUCCCCCCGCCUCCCCCCGCCCAGCCCCCCAACCUCGACUCGUCGCCCGACUACUUCCCGCCUCCACCCAGUGACUUUGAGCUGUUCCCUCCCCCGCCCCACCCGUCAGAGUUCCACCACCCCCCCAAGGUCGCCGUGGUGAACCCGCAGCCUCAGAUGCAUCCGCCUCAGCCGUCGGCGCCUUCCUCCCUGUCAUCGUCGUCGUGGAAACAGAGCUCGCUCAAGAAGGGGGCGGUCCUCCCCCCGGGGCUGAACCGGCGCAUAAGCAACACGACGCAGUACGACCAUCCGACGUCCACGCCGCCUCUGUCCCAGACCCCACCCCCCCCCUCCUCCUCCUCUCCGAUCCCCCCCACCUCCCCCAAGUCCCCGGGGCCGAGCUCCCUGACGCUGAAGCCCCACUUCCUGGAAGACCUCAACCGCACCCUCAAGAGGAAGUCGGUGUCCCGCCAUGGCUCCAUCACGUCGUCCCACCUCAUCGCCUCCUCCAAGAUGGAGCCGGCGGGCACCAUGGACGACAUGGCGCUCCUCCCCCCGCCCCCCCCCGAGCUCCUGCAGCAGCAGCACGGCGUCCGGGGACACUCCCAAACUCUGUCUCGCCACCACUCGAACUCCCACUCCAACAAACACGCCAACAUCUCAGGCUAUGCAACGCUGCGGCGAGGCCCGCCCCCCGCCCCCCCCAAACGAGACCAAAGCACCAAACUGACCGGUGACUGGUAGGGAGCGGGAGCGAUGGGCGGAGCCAAAAACGAACCCGAAAACCGACUAUUUAGGUCCGGUGCAGAGAUGAAGUAAUCGAUGUCUGUCUUGACCUGUCCGUCUGUCCUCAUCCCGAACCAGUAGCAAAGCGUCUUUCCUGCUCGUAAUCUGAGAUUAUGAUUGUUCCUAUUACCCUCAUUAUUACUACCACUGCAUACCAUACAUGUUUAACCCAAUGACAUGAGUAGAAACACACACACACACACACACACGUGUGGGUGUAUAUAUAUCUGUACGCAAGCAUACAAAAAUCACCUAUCAAGCUUUUUUUCACAAUGUCUGUGCAGCUUUGCGUUGAAAACAGAGAAGACUUGAAGGACAACGGAGAGGAUGAGCUGCACAAUAACUGGUACUGCAUGGUGCCAUGGCAACGGGAGGGAAGUGUAUAGAGAGGGGGCGUUGCCAUUUAUUUCAAACUUUUUGUGUGUGUUUUUACAUAAGAUUAUUUAAUACUGGAAAGAUAUAAUUAUUUUAAGUUUUUAAGAAGUGUGUCAAAAGAGAACAUACGUGUUGCUCUCAGAUCAUAUUUGGAUCAUUUCGUCAGAUUUUCCCGUCUUUAUUCGUUUGGAGCACAGAGGCGUGAGCCGGAGCCCCCGCCGUCCCAGAGACGCCCCUCAAGUCUGAGCUCAGCCUCGUCGAAAAUCAGUUUGGAAACCUUUCAAUAGCAAAUCUUACUAAACAGACUCUGUUAAUUCAUAAUAAAUCUGUGGAUUUAG